AUGUUUGGAAAGGCUAGAAUGCACAGAGGUUCACUUGCUCUUGGAGCAGUACUUAACGGGAGAAUCACCCAUGUUCCCGAAGAAGGGGCAGUUGAAUCAUCCAUGCCUAUUCUCAACGUAAACAACUAUCAAUCCCGAAUAACAGUUAACUUGUACGACUUACAGAGUCGUCCAACAUAUUAUAAGCAAGUGGCAUUAGUAGAUGAGAACUGGACGUUCAAGUUCCCGGAGCUAAGCGAUGGUGACUACGAAUUGAUAGUUCAAUCUGUUGACUUUGUAUUCAACGAAGAACGGUAUAGAAUCUAUGUGAUCAACGACAACAUAAAAGUGUAUGAGGAUCCAUUAUGGGAUGAGCACAGAAAUAGUACCAUUGGGAAGUCGAUUGAUAUUUUGGACAUUGAGAUCACCGAGACCAAACAGUACUUUGAACAUGCACUGGGAUCAAUUCAUGAAAUGCUCUUGAAUAGUCCUUUAGGGUUUAUCUUUGAGAAUAGAGCGUACACCAUCAUGUUUGUGUUGACGUUAGUGCUUGCACUGUUUCCCUAUGUAUUGGGGUUCAUCAAUCCUGAGCUUGCAGCUGAGAUGAGAGAAAUCCAACGAGGCAACACAAAAGUAUUGGAGAAGUAA